GCAGAGGUUGUCGGGAAAGGGGCGGUGCUUCCAAUUUUUUUGCAGGCAGCUGCAUUGAAAAGGUAGAGACAGCAAAUACGUUGAUCAUAUUUCAAUUGUGUCUAGCCAUCAGUUACAAAAAACUAAAAUGUCUGGAAGCGCGGGAGAAUGGUGUCUAAUGGAGAGUGACCCUGGAGUCUUCACCGAACUCAUUAAAGGGUUUGGUUGUAAGGGAUCCCAGGUUGAAGAAAUAUGGAGCAUGGAACCAGAGAACUUUGAAAAACUGAAACCAGUCCAUGGAUUGAUUUUCCUUUUCAAAUGGCAGCCAGGGGAGGAACCUGCUGGGUCCAUUGUACAGGAUUCAAGACUUGAUCACCUCUUCUUUGCUAAGCAGGUCAUUAAUAAUGCAUGUGCGACCCAAGCUAUAGUGAGUGUAUUAUUGAACUGCCACCAUUCUGAUAUGCAGCUUGGUGAAACAUUAACUGAAUUCAAGGAAUUCUCACAAAGUUUCGAUGCUACCAUGAAAGGCCUGGCACUAAGCAAUUCUGAAGUGAUUCGACAAGUCCACAACAGCUUUGCAAGGCAGCAGAUGUUUGAAUUUGAUACAAAGUCCACUGCAAAAGAUGAAGAUGCUUUUCAUUUUGUGAGCUACGUUCCAGUUAAUGGCAGGUUAUAUGAACUGGAUGGGCUUCGAGAAGGUCCGAUUGACCUGGGUGUCUGUAAUCAAGAUGACUGGAUCAGCGCAGUUCGACCAGUUAUAGAGAAAAGAAUACAAAAAUACAGUGAAGGAGAAAUAAGAUUUAACCUGAUGGCAAUUGUCUCGGACAGAAAGCUGGUUUAUGAACGCAAUAUUGCAGAACUACAGAGUCAGCUCACAGAGGAAGAACCAAUGGACACAGACCAGAGUAGCACCCUGUUCAGUUCCAUUCAGUCAGAAAUUGCAAAAUACCAAUUGUUAAUUGAGGAGGAGAAUCAGAAAUUAAAACAAUACAAGAUUGAAAAUGUCAGAAGAAAGCACAACUACCUUCCCUUCAUUAUGGAGCUACUGAAGACUUUGGCAGAAUACCAACAAUUAAUACCAUUGGUUGAAAAGGCUAAAGAAAAACAGAAUGUCAAAAAGCCCCAAGAAGCCAAGUAACCAUGUGCUGCUGUUAGCCUCCCCCUUCCUGUAAAGACUCCUUCUGCCCAUCGAACGUUUCACUGCCAUCUGUAAUCUGUGCAUAGAGUACUGGGAAGUGUAUUAGAAGUUGAUUUCAUACCCACAGUUGCUAAAUUACAAAUGAAGUGUAUGACAUGCAUGCAUGCAUGCAGAAAUGUUUAAGUAAACGUAUUUUGUGUUUUCAAAUAUAAAUAGAUGUUUGUAGCUGGUUUCUCUUGAUUUGUUAUGUCCAUUGUUGUUUUUAGGAACUAUAGUUUCUUUUACAUGCUUUGAAAGACUAAUUUAGAUGGUGGUUGGUAGUUCCAAGGGCUCUUUGGAAUGGCAGCAUUGUUAUCAAUAAUAAUUUGAUAUGGACACCAUUAUGGCAUCAGUAUAUUGAUAGCUUCAACAAAACUAACAAAAUAUGCUCAAUGUAUUAUGGUACUGCAAAAAUAUGUCCCCUAUAAACUGAAAGGUUUUUAUAACUUGGGGUACAGUAAAAAAUAAAGGCAUAUGCUAUUUGAUGCAAUAUGUCAGUUUGUCACUAGAUGGUGCUCUUUCCUAUUGGGGGAGCUUUAUAAACAGGAAGUAUAUAAUGGAUAAUUUUGUGAACAGACUAUUUUUUGAAAACAUCAAAAACCCUCUAUACAAUGAUGUACUACUGUAAUUUGGUUUAUGUAUAGAUAAACACAAUGCAUAUGCUAGAUCUGUACUAAGGAAGUUCUGUAAAAAUGUAAGACAAAACCUGAAAGCACAUAUCUUAGUGGCUAAAUUUGAUACACCCCUAGCAUCUAUACCUGGUGUAUGCAUUAGCAGUGACCUCUUUGAAAAAAACAAAGAUUGCAAAAAUGAACCAAGCAUGUGUAAAAUGUAUAUAAUAAAACUUUCUAAUUUGCA